AUGCUAAUAUUUUCAACAAAUUUUACUAUAAUAACGCUUGCCCUAUGUUUAUUCACUUGUGAAGCUCAAAGUGAAGAAGAAGAAUUUGAAGGAAACAACACAAAAUUGGAACAGAGGAACAAUUUUACCUGGGGCGGACGUCAUACUCGGUCUCUCAAUGGCCUUUAUACAGCACUCGGCAUACUUGAUUUGGUCGGUGGUGGACUUAGAUUGGGAGCAGAGAUAGUAAACCUUGUAGGAGCAAUUGGUUCUGUCUUACAAUUACUUUCGCCACAGCAGCAACUUGCUGCGAGUAUGCAGGAGCAGUUAUUACAGCAGCAGCAACAAUUGCAGGAAAUGCAGGAAAUGCAGGCACAAAAUAUGCAGGACCAACAGGAGAUGCAGUCUCAAGCUUGCACUGCGAAAUUUUCAUAUUACGCUUCUAAUGGCUACCCAGUUUAUGAAUGCGACUGCCCUAGUGGAACCUCGUAUCAAUAUCUUAGAUGUGUAAAUCCGGAUGAAUCUGUGAAUCCGGAUGUUAUGUCAGAUGUGCAAAAUACGCCUGAUAUGCAGCAGCAGAAUGUGCAAGAUCAGGUCGUCCAGGAGCAGCCUUGCACUGCGACAUUUUCGUACCACGCCUCCGAUGGCCGUCCUGUUUACCAUUGCGACUGUCCUGGAUAUGGGAUUUCUUACCAGUACAACCGAUGCAUAUCGCCUAAAUACGCUAGAGACUAA